AUGGGGAACUUGCUGUCCACACCUGUUACGGAGAAAAACAUUUCUCUGGUAGAACGCCAACAAUUAUCACAUUCAAUUGGCGAGAUGCAGGGUUACAGGUUGAACAUGGAAGACGCAUAUUGUGACCUUGAGGAUACCAUCAACAUAAAGAUCGCCAGAAAUGAGACAGAAGAGGAAGCAGCCCAAAAAGGAGACGAUCACACUGUAUCUCGACAAGAGAAUAUCGAAAAUGCUAAUAAACACACCGGUAGUAACCAAUGCAUUUUUGAAAUUCCUAUCAACAUAUAUGGUGUUUUUGAUGGACAUGGCGGAACGAGUUGUUCAAGGUUUGUCAGUGGGGUUUUACCCUUGACAAUUAAAGUUGCCAUAGAGGAUGCUAUUAAUGCCCUUUCCUCAAAAGAAAAAUCUAAAAUAAUGGACCCUGAGAAUAUGGAAACGCCAUUAUUGAUUGAUUUCAAUAAGAUUCUGAAAGACUGUUUCCAAAAAGUUGACUAUAAGUUCUACUACGAUCCAAACAAUAACAGCGGCUCUACUGCGGUGGUUGUGAUUAUAUUUAAAGAAUAUGUCAUAACGGCAAAUUGUGGUGAUUCAAGAGCAAUUAUUUCACAAAAUGGUUCAGUGAAGAACCUUUCGUUUGACCAUAAACCCAAAAACCUUGGAGAACUAAUGAGGAUCCAUAAUGAUGGAGGAUUUGUGUCUCAAAAUAGAGUGAAUUCAAUCCUAGCAUUGAGUAGAGCAUUUGGGGAUUUCAAUUUCAAACUACAUAAUACAAACAACCACGGCCGUUUCUACCAAUCUAAAAAUAAUAGGAGAAUUAAAAUGACUCCACCGGAGGAGUUCCAAGUUACUGUGGAGCCCGAUAUCAUUAUACACAAACUAGACCGAAAAAAGGAUGAGUUUAUAGUUGUUGCGUGUGAUGGGAUAUGGGAUUGUUAUCGGUCCCAAAAUUUAGUUCACGUUAUAAGGCACAAUUUAGCUAACGGCCGUAAACUGACUGAAAUCAGUGAAAUAGUUCUCGACAGCUGCAUUGGUAUGGCAAAUACCGUUACAGGUAUUGGUUUUGACAAUAUGACCAUGAUAAUUGUGGCUUUACAUGAAAAACAAUCAUUAAAUACAUGGUACAAAUCUACUAAGAACAAGAUCCUUGAUGAAAAGUUCGGGAACCUUCGUCACUGA